UGUAGCCGUAAACCAUAUUACACAGAAUAAAUUGACAGCAUCAAUUAUUGAGAGAUUUUCAGUUUACCGGGCUAAGCUAAUGUUAGCGUGUUUAACCUGAAGUUAUGCAGCAACCAGAAGUAACUCAGAGAGACAACGACUACGAACUGGAAACGUUGUAAAUUACAUUAAGGUAUAGGUCACGUCAUGGCUGACGACCCUCAGAGAAACUUCCGCUCUGCAUAUUACGAGAAAGUGGGUUUUAGAGGAGUGGAGGAGAAGAAAUCACUGGAAAUACUGCUCAAGGAUAAUCCACUGGAUCUAGAAAAGUUGAGCACCUUCAGUCAGAGGUUCCCCCUCCCCUCCAUGUACAGGAUCCAUGUAUGGAAGGUGCUGUUGGGCAUCCUACCUCCCCACAGUGACUCUCAUACUUUGGUUGGAGGCUACCGGAAGGAGCAGUACCAGGAUAUCGUGGAGGCGUUGGAGGUGAUGAGGUACAUCAACCCUUCCACACCUUCCACCCACAUGUACCUGCGCAUGUUCCAGCUGGAGAGUCAGGUCCUCCCACGGUGCUCUGAGACCCUACCCCCGGAUGAAGAAAAUGAAGACUUUCUCUCCAUCAGCCGAGCCAUGGAAGAGAUUGUUGAUGAUCCUGUCGACUGCUAUUGGCUGAUUAAGUGUUUCAUCAAUCAGUUUCACACAAAGUUCGGGGAUUCGAUGCCACACCUUCCAAAGAGCCUGGAGCAUUAUCUGAGUCAGGAGGAGCCUCGUCUGCUGAACCAUUUGAAAAACAGCGGUGCGCUGGCCCAGCUGCCGUACGGCCUCUGGUUCAGACGCUGCUUCGCCGGCUGCCUGCCUGAAUCAAGCCUGCAGAGGGUGUGGGACAAGGUGAUCAGCGGCUCCUGUAAGAUCCUGGUGUUUGUGGCCCUGGAAAUCCUCCUUAGCUACAAGAUCAUAUUGAUGGGCAUCAACCAGCCAGAUGGUGUGGUCAAGUUCCUGUCUAAUAUACCGCAGGAAAACACAGACGCUAUUGUGACGAAAGCCAUCGACCUGUGGCACAAGUAUUGUGGCAACCCUAUUCAUGCUGUGUAGCCACAUGGACACAGAUGAGGCAGAUACUUCCCCAGAAUCCACCAGGACUUAAUCUCACCUCCCCCUAGAGCCUGCAGCGUUCACCAUCCAUGGGGCUUUGUCUCUGCAUGAAUGAACUGGAAACUCAUCACUGGCCACUUUUAAUAAGCCCAGGGAUGUGGGAGCCACUCUUCAUAUUCCAGCUUUCCUCUGAGAAUAUGACACACUUUAGUCGGUAAGAGACUGGAGGUGGCACGACAGAUGUGAUGCGGAUCACAAUGUGUGGAAGUUUCCCCACAGAAGAAGACAAAGAAGCACAAACUUAUUAUUUUUAAUAAGUUUCUUUCUUUAAGAA